UGAAAGACCCUGAAUUAAUUGAGAUUUUACAAUACUUAAACCCUACUAUACAACUGGCUAAGGCUGAUACAAUUAAAAAAACAGUCAUGACACUUUAUAGCUUAGGAAAACAGAAACUAAAA